UAGGUUGCCCGGCAACAGAGGCCUGCAGCAAGUAAUGAGAGCUACAAACAGGUGUCGUCUCGACAAAGCAGUCCAAAGGAAUUUGUCGUUGCAAAGCCCCGGUACCCGUGAAAGAUGGAUCUGUGCCUUGUAUCGUAUGUGAAGGAAGCCCCGGUUAAUAAAUGUGACCAGAAUGCUGGUGACCAAAAUUACUGUAAUCCCAAGCUUCUCCAAGGUACUCCGGGAGUAUGGAAUGAAUUAGCGGCAGAGAAGAAAAGCAAGUCACCAAGCAAACUUUGUCCAGUUGAAAAUGAAAAGAAGACUAAAAAGUGUAAAAAGAAAAAAAAGGCACACCAGAGAAAAAAGAAGAAUGACCCUUGUUUGGAAGGGUCGUCGACCUUUGAUCCGUUUGAAACGACGUUCAUGCGAGAUUUUGCUUAUCGCCCGGGCUCGGCUGCUGAACCUAUGCGCCCAAAAUCAACCAAUGGAUACACUUACCCCUAUAAGCUCCAUGAGCCUAUUGGCGGCAGCUCAUAUACAGAUGACUACGCCUGGAAGUUGCUGACCAGUCAACAUCACCGGCCCUGCAGGAAACCCGAACCACAUCCGUGUGACGUCUUGUGGCUGUGGAAACAACUCAAGAAAAGUCCGGAGACAUUCCCAAGAGUCAGCGCUUAUUUCUCUCAUCCCAUGUCCGCUGAAGAUAUCUGCAGAGUAAAAUCACAUCAGUAUGACACCAUAUAUCGGCAGGAUUACCUUGGGCUGCAACAAGAGUACAAGUUGAAAUGCCCGCCCUGUGUGCCCAUCCAGAGGAAGGGGGAGCCUUGCCCUCCCCGCACAAUCAACCAAUACCACGUACCGCAAUGGAAACAGCAGCCCGAGUUGGCCAUCUGUACGUCGCGAUACGGCAGCAAUAAGCAAUGGGAUACAGCCGCAAGAGGAAUAGUACCCAGGUUGACACAUGCACACAUGAAGAACCAGGAGAAAAGCAAGAAGCAGACCACAUAUGAUGACGAAUAUGGAAACCCUGGUGUGCAUUUUACCAACAUAAUAAAGUCUCUUGAACCAAAAGAAGUUAGAAAAUACCUGGAGUCACUUCCAAGGAAAGAACGGGACCUAUUAUUGCAUCUAUUAAAUGAUUUGACCAGGAAGUGAAGUCAAGUUAAUGGGCCUUCUACCUGCUUAUCCAAUGCAAUGGAUCCAAGGUGACUAUCUGACCGCCGUCCCUUCAAUGGUAUGAUAUUGGAAGUGAAACAUAGCACAAUGAUCUGUGGGAAUAAAUGUCACAAUCUGAUAAUGUAAAGGCCUGUCCUUCAUUAUUAUCAGCUGCCUGUAAGCCUCGGCGCAUGUCAUUACCAUUUUAUUAAAUCAAGUAUGAAAAAUUGUGAAGAAUUUGAUAUUCUGAACUUUGAAAAAUAUAAUAGUAAUCAAU